AUGGCCUAUGACAGGUUUGUGGCCAUCUGUCACCCCCUGCAUUAUCUAGUCAUUAUGAACCCUCACCUCUGUGGCUUCUCAGUUUUUGUGUCAUUUUUGUUGAGUGUCUUGGACUCUCAGCUGCACAAUUUGCUGAUCUUACAAAUUACCAACUUCAAGAAUGUUGAAAUUUCCAGUUUCUUCUGUGACUCUUCUCUACUUCUGAAUCUUUCGUGCACUGACACCUACUCUAAUAACAUUGACAAGUAUUUUCUUGCUGCUGUAUAUGGUCUUUUUCCCAUCUCAGGAAUCCUUUUCUCUUACUAUAAAAUUAUGUCCUCUCUUCUGAGAAUCCCCUCUUUAAGUGGGAAGUUCAAAGCCUUCUCCACCUGUGGCUCUCACCUGGCAGGUGUUUGCUUAUUUUUAGGAACAGGUACUGCAGUAUACCUUGGUUCAGCUGCAUCACAUUCUCCCAGAAAGGACGUGGUGGAUUCUGUGAUGUACACUGUGGUCACCCCCAUGCUGAACCCUUUCAUCUACAGCCUGAGAAACAGGGACAUUAAAAGGGCCUUGAGGAGGCUGCAGAGAUGUCUGAGACUUAUAGAAGUACAAAAUCUAACAUGCAUCCCAGAAUUCCACCCCAUAGAUCGCUCAGUUGACCUAGACCUACAACCCAUCUUCUUUGGGCUGUUCCUGUCCAUGUACCUGGUCACAGUGCUGGGGAACUUGCUCAUCAUCUUGGCUGUCAGCUCUGACUCCCACCUCCACACCAGCAUGAACUUCUUCCUCUCCAACCUGUCCCUCACUGACAUCUGCUUCAUCUCCACCACGAUCCCAAAGUUGCUGGUGAACAUUCAAACUCAUAAGGAAGUUGUCUCUGAUGUGGGCUGA